CCGGGCAGUUCGGGCGCUUUAAGGGCGCUGCCUGUUCUCCAGCAGAGGGGACAAAGUCCGCGGGCUGCGGCGGCCAGGCCGGGGAUGCAGCUCCCGGCAGUGCCGGGCGCGCUCGCCCCCUCCUUGCUGGCCAUCCCCGUGGCCUUCAGCAUCAACGGUGCCACCGCCUUGGCAGACCCACUGGUGCUGAUGCUGACGGGGCUGCUGGUGCUCACUGGCCUCAUCUCCAUCAUCUUUAUAAGCGGAGGGAGCCACUUCCAGGACCCCUUUUUCUGUGUGUUUGUGCUCUUCUCCUUCACCUCUGCUGUGGACUUGAUCAUCUCGCUGGAGGAAGAUGGCUUCAUCUCUGGCUUCGUGGAGCUCUUUGUCAGAGAGGGUCAUCCCUACCUGCGCACGGCACACGGCAUCAUGAUCUGUUACUGGGAUGGCAUCGUCCACUACGGGCUCUACCUCGCCAUGAUCACAGCCAUCAGCCAGAGGAAGAACUACAGGAACCUGGGUCUCUUCUGGCUGGGCUCUCUGAUGAUGAGCAUCAUUGUCUUCCUGCUGGGGAACCUGAUAGGGAAAUACAGCUCGGAGCUCAGCCCUGCCUUCCUGCUCAACCUGCCCUACGUCCUCAUACCCAUCUGGGCUGGGGGCAGACUCUUCCAGCAGCCCAAGGCCCUGCCCUGCCUCAGCCCCGAGAAGGUGGCAGAGGAGCAACGCAAGCGCCUGUACCAGCGGCCACAGGACGUGGGGCUGAUCCUGGUCCUGCUCCUCACCGCUGCCUUCACCUUCUUCAGGGGGAUGGUGGUUUUGGACUGUCCUGCUGAUUCGUGCUUCGAGUACAUCUACCAGCACGAGCCGUACCUGCGCGACCCCGUCGCCUACCCCAAAGUGCAGAUGCUGAUCUACUUGUUCUACGUCCUCCCUUUCUUCUGCCUCUGUAUCUACGGGCUGGUGCUUCCCGGCUGCUCCUGGCUGCCCGACUGGAGCCUGGUGUUUGCCGGCGCCGUGGCACAGGCUCAGUUCUCCCACCUGGGCUCCUCACUGCACGGCCGGACCCCCUUCCCCUACCAGACCCCUGAAGAUGUCUGGUGGAGCUUCCUGGUCACCAACAUCCUCUACGCACUGGGACCCCAGCUGCUGGCCCUUCGCUGCCUGCGCUGCCCUGCCUUCUUCCUGCCUGCCACUCCUGCCAGCCUGCCCGUGGGCAAGAAGCACCAGUGACAUGUCCUGCCCACCCCUGGGGGCUGCUGCCCCUCGCCCCACCGGAGCAGGUGGGACCUGGCUGGUAGAGAUGUCCCCAGGGAUGC